CUUCUGGUACUCUUCAUAGGAAAUAGCACUUAGAAGAAUUGCUCUUGCUUUGUGAUGUUGUGAGUACAGCUUCUUUUGAUCUGCAGUCAUCUCUGACCUUGGGAUCUUCUUGCCAUCUGCAUCAACUAGACGCUCGUAGCCAUCCACAAUAAUAUCCCAGAGAUCUGCAUCGAAACCCAGAAAGAAACUUUCCAGUCUAUCUUUCCAAUAUUCGAACCUUUGACCGUCGAACAUAGGAGGCUUUGCAUUGUAACCAUCUCUUUGAGUUUCACUGGUGGUGGCAGCCAUUGUUUUUCACACCGGCCUGGAUCACUGAACACUGUUAGGUGUGGUAAUCAGAACUUGCGCUCUGAUACCAAUUGAAGGUAUGAAAAACGGUAGAAAGGGGGGGUUUGAAUAACGUUUUCAGUAUAAAACUUCCACCUUAAAGAUUUUGACAAAUCUUUCGAGAACUUAAGUGCUAAAGAUAAGAGAUAGAAAAGCACACAAGGAUUUUAUCCUGGUUCACUUGAUAAAUCACUCAAGCUACUCCAGUCCACCCGUUAAGGUGAUUUCUUCCUUCUUAGAAUGAAGGCAAUCCACUAAUCAGGUAAGAGUUACAACUGCACUUGAAACCUACAAGUGACUAACAAUUACACUGACUUAGCUCACACUAAGAUUCACUCUCUUAGUCUUCUCUAGGAUCCGAUCAGCCUUGAUCUCCUAAAGGAACUAAACAAACUGUUUAUCAAAGAAUUGUUUACAAGAGAUUUGCUUCUAAAAAGCUAAUAGUAAACUCAAUGAAUUUCAGAUGAAAGAAAGCUUAGAAGAAUUUAAGUUUGUCUUGCGCGUAUGUGAAUGCUUCUAGCCGUUUCUUUCAGUCUUCAGCCUCUUUAUAUACUCCAAGGAUUAGGGUUGAGCGUUGCAUGGGAAAUGCUACUGUUGGAGGGCAGUUCUGGAAAAUCCAGCUUCUGCUGUGUCUGAGACUGUUAGGUAGGUCGUCAGGAAGGUACAGUUGCUUUUGUACUUGGAUAGCGACUUGACCUUUAAACCUAGGAGACUUCUGAUCAGGGGAAUGCUUCAUAUUGGAACUUGUGAAGCCGGUUGAUCAGAGUCAGAGGGAAAGCCCAGAUCCUCUGAUCAAUGUUUCUUCUGAUUCUGAACUCAGAGGGAAGAACAUGGCCUUCAGAGUAUCUAGCUUCUGGACAACAGAAUUUCACUAAUCAGCUUCUAGAUCUUCAGAGUCUUCUACACCAUCAGAAUAUCUGAGCCUUCAGUGUUUCUUGGUUAUCAGACUUUCUGGAUCUUCAGAACUUCUAGUGACUGAGUCCACAUCAGAGUUUGUAUAACUUCAGAACUUCUGAAGCUUUUCCACUGUUCAUACUGAACAUGGUGAAUGCGAAAGCGUUGCUUGGGUCGCUCUUUAUACACAGUGCUUCUGAUUUGUGUGAGAUUGAGUUGAGGUCAGAGCCUGCAAAUAGCACACUCAGAGAAACACGUUAGAGUACCACAAUUGUUCAUAUCAAAAAGGUUAACAUGUAAUCGUCAAAACAUAGAGUUGUACUACUAGAUCAAAACUUGAUCUUACAAGGUUUACCAUUUGAUUUUCAUCCGAAGAAACUUUCAACACGGAAGUUUGACUCCAGUUUGUUUACAUCACUCAUGUCAGCAGCAUUAGUGAAGAAGGCAAGUUACUGCAUUUAUAUGAUUGAUUUUGUAUAUUAAAUAAAUUCACUUUAAUAUUAUUAAUUUUGAUCUUUUUUGUUUAUUUAUUUAUUUAUUUUCUUUUGCAGAAGAACUUUGAGAACAUGAAAGUUCUAAUCUUAGAUAAGUCAGCACUUUUACAAAUACCUGACGUAUCUGGUCUCCCAAAUUUAGAAACUUUAUCAUUUAAAAAUUGUCUUCAUUUAGUUACCAUUCACUACUCUGUUGGAAGGCUGGGAAAACUUAAAAUCUUAUGUGCUCAUGGUUGUCCAUGCCUUACGAGUUUUCCACCCCUAGAGUUGGCUUCUCUUGAGCAACUUGAUCUUUCAUCUUGUUGUAGCCUUGAGAGUUUUCCACAUGUGGUUGGGUCAUUGGGUACACUUAAAAUCUUGAAUGUUGAAGGCUGUAGUAAGCUUAAGAACUUUUCACCCCUCAAGUUGCCCUCCCUUGAGAUACUCAACCUUUCAAUUUGUGAAAGCCUUGAGAAAUUUCCACCGCUCGAGUUGGCCUCUCUUGUGCAACUCAAUCUUUCAUAUUGUGUAAGGCUUGACAAUUUUCCUCCCAUGGUUGGGUCAUUCCGUAACCUUAAAAUCUUGAAUUUUGAAGGUUGUCAGAUGCUCAAGAACUUUCCACCCCUCGAGUUGGCCUCUCUUGAAAAACUCGAUCUUUCAAACUGUAGUAGUCUUGUUAGCUUUCCUCCCGUGGUUGGGUCACUAGGUAAACUUAAAGUGUUUAAUUUUAAAGAUUGUCCAAUGCUCACGAAUUUUCCACCCCUUGAGUUGGCCUCUCUUGAAAAACUCCAUCUUUUAAAUUGUGAUAGACUUGUUAGUUUUCCUGCCGUGGUUGGGCCCCUAGGUAAACUUAAGAUGUUGAAUAUUGAAGGUUGUCGGAUGCUCAAGAAUAUCCCACCCCUCGAGUUGACCUCUCUUGAGAACCUUGAUAUUCGCAAUUGUGAUAGACUUGUCAGUUUUUCUCCCGUGGUUGGGCCACUAGGUAAACUUAAAAGCAUGUAUGUUAAAGAUUGCAAGAAGCUAAAGAACUUCCCACCCCUUGAGAUGACUUCUCUCGAGAAACUCCAUAUUUUAAGUUGUGAUAGUCUUGUCAGUUUUCCUCCCGUGGUUGGGUCCUUGGAUAAACUUAAAAUCUUGAAGGUUGAUGAUUGCAGCAUGCUAAAGAACUUUCCACCCCUCAAGAUGACCUCUCUUGAGGAACUCAAUAUUUCAUUUUGUGAAAGUCUUGAGAGUUUUCCACUUCUGGUUGGAUCACUAGGUAAACUUAAAACCUUAAGAAGCUCAAGAAUUUUCUAGUACCCCUUGAGAUGGCAUCUCUUGAGCAACUGAAAAUUUCAUCUUGUGGAAUUGAGAGUUUUCCCCUUGUGGUUGGAUCACUAAAUAAACUUGAAAUGUUGAGUGUUCGACAUUGCAAAAAGCUCAAGAAUCUUCCACCCCUAGAGUUGCCCUCUAUCAAGAUACUCGAUCUUUCAUAUUGUUCAAGUCUUGAGAGUUUUCCAGAAAUAUUAGGAAACAUGAAAAAUAUAAUACGAUUUGAGUUGGAAAAAACUCCUAUAAGAAAAUUUCCAUUUUCAUUUCAAAAUCUUACUGGGCUUGUACAAUUACAUCUGGAGAAUUGUGGAAUUGUUGAGAUACCAAGUAGCAUUGUCCUGAUGCCAGAACUGAAUAGACUUUUGAUCAAGGGAGGGGGGUGGCUAUUCCCAAAACAGGAAGGGAGUGAAGAAAAAGUGACCCAGAUGCAGACUUCUAAAGUAAAAUAUAUUCAACUCUCUAGGUGCAACCUUCUAGAUGAAUCUUUGGCAAUCGGACUAGCGUGGUUUUCUAACGUGAGAGAAUUACUCCUAUUUUCCUGUGAAAUCACAAUUAUUCCUGAAUGCAUUAAAGAAUGCCACUUUUUAUGGAGGCUUGACUUGGACUGGUGUGAUCAACUUCAAGAAAUUAAAGAGCUUCCGCCAAACUUAGAAACUUUCUCUGCACGGAGUUGCACAUCCUUGACUUCCUCAAGUAGAAGAAAGUUAAUGAACCAGGACACCAGGAAGUGCAUGACGCUGGUAACACCUUAUUUUGCGUGCCAAGCCUAGAAGGAGGAAGGUUUCCAAUGUGGUUUGAGCACAAGACACGGACCAGGGAUCUGUCAUUUUCUUUUUGGUUUCGUAACAACUUCCCUGACAACAUGCUUCUAUGUCUUGCUUCUCCACUUCAGGGAGAGAUGUCUUAUGAAGUACACUUUUCAUUCGAAUUCCAGGAAGAAAUCUAUUUUCCCAUUAAGAGUUCGGUUAUCUUGCAGAAGGAUCAUACAUGUAUUGUUCAUAUGUCAAUGGAAAAAAAUAGUGGCUGUGAUAUGGAAGUACUUUCAGAAAAUGAGUGGUACCAUGCCAAGGUUAUGAUAAUAUUCACAAAUUUGGAUGGAGAGCAAAUGAGCUUAUACGCAGAGCAAAUGAGCAUGGAUAUUGGAAUCCAUUUAUUGAAAGAGAAAAGUAGCAUCGAGGAUAUUCAAUUCACCAAUCCUUGUGCAGAUAGAUAUUUAGGCAUGAAGUUGCCACCAGUUCCUCAUCAUCGCACUUACACAUCCACAUGGAAAAAAGGGAAGGGGGUCGGCUCUUCCAACUCUAAGACACCACCAUAGAGUCAUACUAUGCCUACAACAUGAGUUAUUGAAGUUCCAUUGCAUGUUGGGGCAAAGUGCCAUGAGUGGAGAACCAAUGAAGGUGGGGCACAUCGGCGUUUAACACCCCCGUGGAGAGGAUUAUUAAGUUUAGCCCUCUGCCUCUAGGAGAUUGAUUACAAUCUGGUGGUUUCAGAUUCAAUCAUCUUAAGGUUGAUUAGUCACACUGCUAUUGAUGUAGGUGAACCUGUAUUGUGGCAUUCCUUUCUCCUAGUGUAAUGGAUGCAUAGGAACACCAUGAGGCUUGAAAAAACAGGUUUCGUUUACCAAUGCAUGCAAGGACAGUGAAUUUCUUUCUGGUUUCGGAACAAGUUCCCUGCCGUAGCUAUGUAUGUUGUCUCUCAAUUGUCAUGGAAUGAUUCUAAAUCUCCUGUAAGAGUGAUCAUCAAUGGCAAUCCAUUUUUCUAUAUGAUGCUGAGAACGAAGUAAUCGGCAGCCGGAAACAUAUUGUCUACAUCUUUUUCCUACUCAGCUGGAGAAAGCACUUUCAGGAAAUAAGUGCAACCAUGCUGAGGUUGACUUAGGAUCCCAUUCCAGAAAUGUGGAAUUCAUAUUUGAAAGGGAAAAGUAGCACGGAGGAUAUUCUAUUCACUAAUCCGGAGAAUGACAUUAAUGCUGAGCAAACUCUUUAAAACACUGCUCAGAGUCAUUACUCUCAAGCAUUGAUUCUGAUGUGGAUAAUUGUUAAUGGGAUCAACUCUACCAAUUCUUAGGCUCUAUCAUGCAAUUGUGGUAUUAUGGAGAGAUGGAAGAAUAGAUUGGGUUUCUAGAGAGGUUGCUACCAGACUGGAUCCGAAAGAAAUUGGUUUCUUAUGAAGAUACAUUAUAGUGGAGAUGGCAAGAGUGUCUCUAAACCAGAGGCCCUCCUUCAUUUUGAGAUAGAUUGAGUGGUAAGUUUAAUUUAUUUUGUUUUUUAAAAUACAUGUGUUAACCAUUUUUACAAGAGUUUUAAUAUUUUUUUAAGAACAUUUAUCAGUCAUGGUUCCUUGAGAAAUUUCAUUGGCCAUUGUUUUGAUGUACUUAUCAUUAUUUUAGUGUAGAAUCUAUUGUUGGUCUUAUGCUGUAUUAUCAUGACUCAUCUAAUUGGCACUCAUGGUGCAGAAACCCACCACUUCAGAGGACCAUAAAACAUCUCUAAAAAAUUCCUAAAGAUACUUCAAGCAAGGUGUCAAAAAUUAUUCUUAUGAGUAUCAUGGAAACAGCACCAACAUUGCCUGAUUUUUCCUUGGCCUUGAAACCAGAUGAUUAUAAAAUUCCUCCAGUGGACUACUGUUGGAGAACAGAGAACAUAAAAGGUGGAGAAACUCAUCCUAAACAUCUCAAACCUCAAAGAAAUGUUGGCCUGCUUGAAAGAUGCCAGUCAAAGAAGGGUGUUUUUCCAUUUCUUGUCAAUAACAACAAUAAAUUAGAUCAUUCGUGUUUUUUCUCCCUGCCUUCUGUUACUUCACAUGUUCAUUUCUUCUCUAUCCCAUCUUUUUUAAUGUGAUUGGGAUGUCCUCUUCAACAUAUGUAUAGAUGCUAAUGAGCCAGCUGAUCUCCUUGCCGGGAUGGGUACGCGUUUGAAUUACGGCUGUAUAGAGCUUGCUGAUCCUUCUGAUAGCAUUGUGGCGUCUCUGUUUAGAGACGUUUUAGCCUUAUAGUUUGUCGUUUUUAUUUUCCCAUUUACCAAUUUUUUUUUCUCUACCCCAUAAUAUUUGAAGGAUGCCCUGCAAAUGUAAAUUGAUCACUGAGGGGAAAGAAAGGGUCUCCCUGCAUAUACCAAUAUUAAAGGCAGUCGCAUCAUCGAUUUGUUAAACAAA